AUGGCAUUUUCAACUAUGAUCCUUCCUUUCGUAGCCCUCGCAUUGUCCACCGUCAAUGCUGCUCCCGCCGCCCAGAAUGCGCGCUGCUCAGACGGCACUGUCGUUCCCAACAGUAUUUGUUGUGAUUUUAUUCCGCUUGCCCAAGAUCUUACCGAGACACUAUUCGAGAACCAGUGUGGUGAAACGGCCCAUGAAGUGCUUCGUUUGAGCUUCCAUGAUGCUAUUGCUAUCUCUCAAUCCCUCGGUCCGUCGGCUGGAGGAGGCGCUGACGGUUCUAUGUUGAUCUUCCCGGACGUCGAGCCCAACUUCGCCGCCAACCUCGGAAUCUCCGACAGCGUGAACGACCUCGCUCCAUUCUUGGCUUCAGGAAAAUUCCCGACUAUUACUGCGGGAGAUAUGAUCCAGUUCGGUGCCGCUGUCGCUGUCGGCCUUUGUCCUGGUGCACCUCAAUUGGAGUUCCGCGCCGGACGACCCAAUGCUACCGCUCCUGCUGUUGACGGUCUGAUCCCUGAACCGCAAAAUACUGUCGAUGAAAUUUUGGCACGUUUCCAGGAUGCUGCAAACAUGAAUGCUGAGGACAUUGUUUCUCUGCUUGUAUCACACACAGUGGCCCGAGCUGAUCACGUCGAUCCCACUUUGGACGCUGCACCUUUCGACUCGACUCCUUUCACCUUUGACUCACAGUUCUUCCUCGAAACCCUCUUGACUGGUGUCGGAUUCCCUGGAACUACCAACAACACUGGUGAAGUUUCCUCCCCUCUUCCCCUCACUGUUGGCGACAACGUUGGAGAACUCCGACUCCAAUCGGACUUCGAGCUGGCUCGUGACUCCCGAACUGCCUGUUUCUGGCAAUCAAUGAUCAACCAGGAAGCUUUGAUGGCAUCGAGGUUCAAAGCUGCCAUGGCAAAGAUGGCUGUUAUUGGACACAACGCGAACGACCUGAUUGACUGCUCCGCCGUCGUCCCGAAGCCUGUUCCUGCUUUGAACAAACCCGCGACGUUCCCAGCGACAAAGACGAAGGCUGAUGUGCAACAAGCUUGCCCUGAGCCCUUCCCAAAUCUCACCACUGAUCGUGCUCCCAGGGAGACCGAAAUUCCUCAUUGCCCCGACAACGAGGCCACUUGCACUUCCUGA